GAAAGCAAGAUCCUGUAGUCAGAAAAUAUGGAUAUUGAUAUUGCUAUUGCUCAAUUGAAAGGAGUUGUUUCUUUUUUUAAGGAUUAUAGAGAAACAGGCUUUCAAGCAGCCAAGAGAGAAGCUGAAAGGAUUGCUAGUGAAAUGGAAAUUGAUCAUGUGUUCUCUAAAAAAGAAAAAUGUCCUACUAAAAGAAAACAAUUUCAUGGGGAAGAGCCAGAUAAAGUUGGAGAAGAUGUGGUGCUAACACCUAAAGAAGAUUUUAGGAUCAACUACUUCAUCAAAAUUGUGGAUCAAGGUUUGGUUUCUCUUGAGACAAGGUUUGAUCAACUUCAAGGUUAUGAAAAGACUUUUGGAUUCUUAUUCGACUUCAAAAAACUGAAGCUAGCUGAAGAUGACAAGCUGAUGGUUUCUUGUGCUAACCUUGAAGUUUUUCUGAAGCAUGGCAAUUAUUCUGAUAUUGAUGGUGAUGAUUUGUUUUUGGAGCUGAAUUUUUUGAGAGGGGGUUUGCCUGAAGGUAUUAUGAAGUCUGCUGGAGUAUUGGAGUUUUUGAAAAAAAGGGAAAGUUGUUAUCCAAACAAAUGGACAUCAUAUCGUAUAAUGAUGACAAUUCAUGUUUCCGUUGCCUCAGCAGAAAGAAGUUUUUCAAAGCUGAAGCUCAUAAAAUCGUAUCUACGGUCGAGUAUGUCACAAAAUAGGUUUAAUGGAUUGUCAUUGUUGUCGAUUGUCAUUGUUGUCGAUUGAAAGGGAUAUGGCUGAAAAGCUUGAUUAUACAAACUUGAUGAAUGUGUUUGCAGGAAGAAAUGCAAGAAUAAUCAUAUUUCAGCAGGAAUGUAUUGAUUUUUCAUGUUUUAAAACGUUUUUGUUUAAGAUUUUUUUAUUUAGUUAUAUAAAAACAAUCAGUAGAAAAAAUUAUGGAUCAGUCUUU